AUGGAUCGUCCUCUCGCCGAACUGUCAUUCAACGAACUUCAGUCCUCCUCUCCUACCCCGGGGGAGGGAACCAUCCUUGGCCGGCCGCCCUGUGCCGAGCCAAAUUCGAUUUCACCGGAUACCGAGGUUUUCCCCUUCGGAUACAACGGCGAAUCCCAUAUCUUCAAUCAUGCAAACUACCGUCGCUCUCUGCGCAAAAGAAAUACUCGCAAGUGGCGAAAUUCUAGCAGAAACUCCAGAUCGUCCAGACAGCAUCGUAUUCAAACCCGGAGAUCCCGUGAUAUCUUCAUCCAGGCGGUAAGAGAGGGUCUUGAGCUUGCUCACUCGGAUGUUCCUCUCCCUGGAGAGUCCCGGAGCAACUCUUCUUCGGACAGUGGUGGCGAAGAUUCAUAUUGUCCGACCCCUACUUUCACCAACCGGCACACGAGUUUGAGCCCGCCCUCGACCAGACAUAGCCGUCCCCCUUCGUUGGAUAGACAGAAUGCUUUUUGCGAUGAACAGACUAGGAAGCGAAGACAGAGUUCAGAUGACACAAUGAGCUCUCAAAGUGACUCAGUGGUAUAUGAGCCAGAGUUCAUGAGUGGGCUUGAUGAUAAAGACAAGAGGGACAUUGUUGAGCUGUACCGAUUUGAUCUGCUUUACCGGAAUGAGUAUGAACGCGGCGAGGGCUUCUCUCUCGACUACAUUGCCAAAGAGGACCCGGUAUACUCGGUCAAAGUUGUGCAGGCUCGGCCUCGCGGGAAGGAUGCUGACACUGGGAAGCCUGAGCCUGCAUGCCCAUACAGGCUAACUCUGGACCUGGACUCAACUCCUUUCACUAAGGAGCAGGAGUUCAAAGCCUGGCUGGAUCCAUGGUAUCUGACUGGUCCCCUUUCCGACAAAAAACACCGUCGCAUCUACAAUCGCGAGUGUUGGAGGCAGGAAAUGGCCGAGAAAGGGGAUGUUUUUGUGACCGAGCCGUUGUCGAGGUUCUCACAAACACCUACGAAGCCUAUCACUAAGGUUAUAUACGAGCUCGCAGAUGAAACCAUGGAAAAGGUUGUGGAAUCUCUAGAUUCUUCCGCCACGAAUGACUUUUCUUUUUGCGACAACAUACACAACACCAACCAACUAGACGACGAUUUAGCCACAGAAGAUGCAGUUUUAAUCGACAAAGAGGACGAAAUGAAGGAAGACCCUACCAUUGACGACACCUCCAACCAUUGGGUUGUGCUUGGCCCUGACGGCUCGUAG